CCCGUCAACCCUUAGCUGUCUUAACUACCCUUGCGGGACCCAAAAUGCAACCCACUCCUUUUCCUUUCGGCUAGCGGAAGUUCCUGUGCGGGAUCUUUCCACUUCCUCUUGGGUGUUCGGCGUGUGCGUGGCAAGGGAGGCGGGGCCGACGCUGCUCUGGUUUCUUGCGCGCUUGGCGCUGUGGCGAGUGCGGGCGGCGACUGUUUGCGCAAGUCUCCUUGCCAGGGACAGCGCUUUGUGGCUAAAAGCGAUCGCUUCCUUGCUACAAAGACUCCGCUGACGUUAGGCGGCCGUCCCUGCCUAAGAUAGCCACUUUACCCCGACGCUGCAGAUAGCUUUCCCCAGAACUGCUGCAGGCUUUUUGCGUUUGGCAGGAUCCAUGCCUCGGGGACGGAAGAGUCGGCGCCGCCGGAACGCAAAGGCAGCAGAAGAGAAUCGCAACAAUCGCAAGACCCAGGCCUCAGAGGCCUCUAAGACCCCGAUGGCGGCUUCUGUGGUCCCGAACACACCCGAAGACUACCUGAGCGGCCCUGAGGAAGACACAAGCACUCCGGAGAAGGCCUCCACUCCCCCUGCAGAGGCUUCGAGCACUACCCCAGUGCAAAAGCCUGUUACCCGGAGCAAUUUUCAGGGCACCAAGAAAAGUCUCCUAAUGUCCAUAUUAGCCCUCAUCUUCAUCAUGGGCAACAGCGCCAAGGAGGCUCUGGUGUGGAAAGUGCUGGGGAAGUUAGGGAUGCAGCCUGGGAGGCAGCACAGCAUUUUUGGAGAUCCGAAGAAGGUCGUUACAGAAGAGUUUGUUCGCAGAGGGUAUCUCCUUUAUAAGCCAGUGCCCCGCAGCAGUCCGGUGGAGUACGAGUUCUUCUGGGGCCCUCGAGCACACGUGGAAUCGAGCAAGCUGAAAGUCAUGCAUUUUGUGGCAAGAGUUCGGAACCGAUGCUCCAAAGACUGGCCAUGUAACUAUGACUGGGAUUCAGAUGAUGAUGCAGAGGUUGAGGCUAUACUCAAUUCAGGUGCUAGGGGUUAUUCUACUCCAUAGAGAGAUCCCAGGCAGAGCCUUAGGAGUGGAAAGGAGAAUCCAAAGUACUCAGUGGAGUAGAUAGGCAGAGGCCUGAAAUCAAAAUAAUGUGGAGGGUGGGGAGGGCACUGCAUUUGGUAUUUGUGAUCAGUGCUAAUUGUUAAACUGCGAAAUAGUGUUUGCUAUAGAUAUUGUAAUCUUGUAUUCAUUUUGUAACACUGUUGAUUAAGAAUCACAAUAUGUUUAAAUAUAUACUUGAGAAGAUGUUUAUGUUAUUUUUCCUGCCAUUGACAUUUGCUACAACAGCUGUGCUAACCUUAUUAAAUGAAGACCUUCUGUCAUGUUGUGGAAUGUACAGGAUUUGUAUCACAGAAGGGCUGUUCUUUGAAAGUUUGGAAUAACCAGUACAAUGUGAGUGAGGGAAAAUAACAGACUCGUUCUGUCUUACCUUUGUGUUUGAUGUCUUGUAAAGAAACACAUCUGUGAAUAUGCCCACUGCACAAAUAGCAUAAAUAAAAGCAUAGUAAAUAGGA